AUGGCUAGCAUUACGAAGGUCGCUCUAGUAGGAGCUAAAGGAAACCUCGGAGAGGCGGUGUUGGAUCGUCUGUUGAGCACUGGUUUCGAGGUUACAGUCCUCUCUCGCCCAGAAAGCACUCAGGUUUUCCCGGCGGCUGUCAGCGUCAAGAAAGUUGAUUAUGAUUCUCUCGACUCCCUGACGGAUGCUCUCCGCGGCCAAGAUGCUGUUGUCUCCACGAUCGCAUCCGCGGCGUUGGGCAAGCAGCUUCUCCUGAUCGACGCGGCGGCUAAGGCGGGUGUCAAGCGUUUUAUCCCGUCCGAAUUCGGUGCCGACACAACCCACGAGAAGACAUCGCCCCUACCCGGCUUCAAGACCAAAUUGGAUGUCCAGGAAGCCCUCAAAAAGGCCGCUGCCGAAGAUCGCCUGACCUACACCAUCAUCCUCAACGGGCCAUUUUUGGAUUGGGGAAUUAGAGUCGGCUUCCUAGCCAACGUUAAAGAGCGGACAAUCGAUCUAGCGGACGGAGGUAACCGCAAAGCCUCGGCAUCGACUCUGGCGACCGUCGCGAAGGCUGUCGAGGGCGUGCUGAAGAACCCGGAGCAGACAAAGAAUCGCGCAGUCUACGUCCAAGACACCGCCAUCAGUCAGAAGGAGUUGGAGGAGCGGCUCAAGAAAGCCACCGGAACAACGGAGUGGACCGAGACCGUGUCUUCGGUCGAGGAGGGCGUCAAGCAGGGCUGGGAGGAGGCCAAGAAGGCGCAGCCAGAUCCGUGGGUGCUCUUUGGCACGACUGUCAAGGCGGCAAUCUGGGGUGACGGAUACGGAGGCCAUUUCCAGAAGCUCGACAAUGACCUGUUCGGCAUUAAAGAGUUGACCGAGGCCGAGCUCCAGGCUGUCAUAGAGAAGAGCCUGCCCAACUAA